AUGGUUAAGAAAGUUCUUUUGCUCGGAUCAGGAUUCGUUGCUCAACCUACCAUUGACAUUCUCUCGAAGGAGCCAGAUGUCGAGCUAACUGUUGGUUGUAGACAUAUUGAGGCCGCUAAGAAGCUGGCCCACGACAAUGACAAGACCGUUGCCGUUGAUGCCAGCAACCAGGAGGAGUUGAACAAAGUUGUGGCUCAGUAUGAUUUGGCCAUCUCUUUGAUUCCAUACAUCUACCACGUCAACGUGGUUAAGGCUGGUAUCAAAGGUCACACCGAUGUUGUCACCACUUCGUACAUUUCGGAUGCUAUGAAGGCAUUGGAGCCGGAAAUCAAAAAGUCUGGUAUCGUUGUGAUGAACGAAAUCGGCUUGGACCCUGGUAUUGACCACUUGUAUGCUAUCAAAGCCAUCCACGAAGCCCAUGCUAAAGGUGGAAAAGUGACCUCGUUCAUUUCCUUCUGCGGUGGUUUGCCUGCACCAGAGGAUUCUGAUAAUCCUUUGGGUUACAAGUUUUCUUGGUCUGCAAGAGGUGUUUUGCUUGCUUUGCAGCAUACGGCUCAUUACUACAAAGAUGGUAAGUUGGUGGAGGUUCCUGCUAAGGAAUUGAUGUCCUCUGCAAAGCCUUACUUUCUCUACCCUGGUUAUUCAUUUGUGUGCUAUCCAAACAGAGACUCUACCAAAUAUCGUGAUUUGUACAAGAUCCCCGAGGCCAAGACCUGCAUUCGUGGCACUUUGAGAUUCCAAGGAUUUUGUGAGUUUGUUCAGGUUUUAGUUGAUUUAGGCUUCCUCAAGGAUGACACAAAUCCUCUUUUCCAGAAGGAAAACGCUUGGAAGGACGCAUUAUCACAAUAUAUUGGCGCCAAAUCAAACUCUGCAGAUGAUAUAUUGGCUAAAGUUGACUCAUUAACCACUUACAAGACAGAGGAAGACAAGGAAAGAGCUCACGAUGGACUUAAGUGGCUGGGAAUGCUUGGAGAUACCAAGAUUCAUGCAAGAGGUAACGCUUUGGACGCUCUAUGCGCUACCAUGGAAGACUUGAUGCAAUUCGGUCCUAAUGAGAGGGACCUUGUUGUUUUGCAGCACAAAUUUGGUAUUGAGUAUCCUGAUGGAUCCAAGGAAACCAAGACUUCUACCUUGGUUGACUACGGUAUUCCUGGUGGAUACUCUUCUAUGGCCAGGACUGUCGGUAUUCCGUGCGCUGUGGCCUGCAAGUUGGUCGUGAAACAUGCCGGUGUGUAUGCCAAGCCUGGCUUGUACGCUCCAUUGACUCUGGAUGUGGUUGAGCCUCUUCUGGAAGCUUUGAGGAAUGACUACGGUAUUUAUUUGGUCGAGAAGACUUUGUAA